ACAAAGCAGAGAAGCAAAGUUUUGUUUGUGCAAAGAAAAUUUUAUAUUUUUGCAAAAAUUGCUGUUAAUUUGUGAGAGUUAUUUAACAAACGAUGCAUUGAUUUACUUCAUUACCCUUAGCGCGUAUCGGUGGUGCAAUCAGUUGUCAGUGAAAUAGUGUAAAAGUCCUAGACAAUGGCAAACACGAAUCGCUUCACCUCGCCCACGCCUUCUUCCGCGUCGUCGUUGGCUGGAGGUGGGCCGAGCAGUAGCACUUCCUUGUCGUCGGCUCCGACGCCGGGACCCUCCCCGAGUGUGGCCAACAAAUGGAAACGGAUGCUCGAAUGCGACGAGUUUGUCGGGGCGCGGAGAUCUAAGCACACGGUGGUGGCCUACAAGGAUGCAAUUUACGUCUUCGGGGGCGACAAUGGCAAGAACAUGCUGAACGACUUGAUCCGGUUCGGGGUGAAGGAUAAAUCGUGGGGAAGGGCGUUCUCAACGGGCACGCCACCGGCUUCACGGUACCACCACUCGGCGGUUGUCCACGGGACGUCCAUGUUCGUUUUCGGAGGCUACACCGGGGACAUUCAUUCCAACUCGAAUCUGACGAACAAGAACGACUUGUUCGAGUACAAUUUCCAGAAUGGCCAGUGGACCGAGUGGAAGUUUGUCGGAAAGACACCGGUGCCAAGAAGUGCCCACGGGGCAGCUGUUUACGAUAACAAGCUGUGGAUCUAUGCCGGAUACGACGGGAAUGCCCGGUUGAACGACAUGUGGACAAUCCGGCUGACCGGCGAUACCCAUCACUGGGAGGAGGUCCAGCAGAAGGGAGACCGUCCGCCGACGUGCUGCAACUUUCCGGUGGCGGUGGCGAGAGGUUGUAUGUAUGUGUUCUCCGGGCAGAGCGGGCUGCAGAUAACGAAUACGCUGUUCCAGUUCAAUUUUAAGGAUAAAACCUGGCGCCGAAUCUCCAACGAGCACAUCCUGAGGGGUGCCCCUCCACCGCCGGCCCGCCGUUAUGGCCACACCAUGGUCCACCACGAUCGGUUCCUGUACGUGUUUGGCGGGGCGGCUGAUUCCACAUUGCCGAACGAUUUGCACUGCUACGAUCUGGACUCGCAGGUUUGGUCUACGGUGAUUCCGGCGUCCGAAUCUCAGGUCCCCAGUGGGCGUCUGUUCCACGCUGCGGCCGUUAUCGGCGAUGCCAUGUACAUCUUUGGCGGCACCAUUGACAACAACGUCCGCAGUGGAGACAUGUAUCGGUUCCAGUUUUCCAGCUAUCCGAAGUGUACCCUGCAGGACGACUUUGGCAAGUUUUUGCAGAACCGACAGUUUUGCGAUGUUGACUUUUUGGUUGGAACGGACGAAGUGAAAAUUUCAGCGCACAUUGCAAUGAUCGUUGCUCGAUCACAGUUUUUAAGAUCGAAGAUAUUGACGGCUCGUGAUGCCAGGAACGUACACUAUGAAAAAUUGUUCGGAACGGCAGAGGUUCCAUUUGCUGAACGACCAGUAUUGGAAGUUCAGUUGCCGAACGCACAACCUGAUGCAUUUGAAAUGGUUCUCAACUAUAUCUACACGGAUCGCAUUGAUUUUAAGGAUCCCUUCUGUAACAAAAUUGUGCUGCUCAUGAUGGACGUUUAUCAGCUGGCCGUCCAAUUUUACAUUCCCAGGUUGGAGCAACUAUGCGUGCAGUAUCUGGAGUUCAAAAUUUCCAAGACUAAUGUCCUAGAUGCUCUCUACAAUGCCGAUCGGAUGGGUCUCACUUUGAUUAAGGAGCACUGUCUGGGUUUCAUCACCAAAGAGGAUCAUUUCUACGAUAUCGUCAUGUCGCCGGAAUUUGCUGCGCUUGAGAAACCUCUUAUCGUGGAAAUAAUCCGCAAACGCUUGAAUCCGAGCAAACAUUCCACCGAUAUGAAGUACGAUAAAACGAUUGGAACGUCGUUGGAAAACGACAUGGCUGUGUUCCUGAAAUCCGGCGGAAAGGAAUUUUGCGACAUCAAUUUGGUUCUGGAAGGAAAUGUGAUUCCAGCGCACAAAUCGAUCCUGGCGGCCAGGUGUACCUACUUCCAAGCGAUGUUCCGCUCGUUUAUGCCGGCUGACAACAUCGUCAAUAUCCAAAUCGGUGAUAUCUCGCCGUCCCAGGAGUCGUUCAGCUCUCUUCUGCGCUUCAUCUACUAUGGCGACACAAAGAUGCCUCCGGAGGACUCGCUGUAUCUUUUUCAAGCCCCCUGUUUCUACGGGUUCACCAACAACCGACUGCAGGCCUUCUGCAAGCACAACCUAGAGAACAACAUCACGUACGACAACGUGCUGCAAAUCCUGGAAGCAUCGGACAAAAUGAACGUGCCGGACAUCAAGAACUACGCCCUGCGGAUGGUGGUUCAUAAUUUCUCGCAGGUCGCACGACUACCCAAGAUGCAGGAGUUGACGCGGGAGCUCUUGCUGGACGUGAUCAUGGCCGUCGCAGAAACCAAGGGGGACAACAAGCGGAUCAGCCACGAUUCGACCUUCAUCAGCUUGUACAGCGACAUUUGAAGGAUAGCCUUUCUUCAGCCGGUUCUGAGCAUCCUGUUGGCGUGGUUGCGGAACAAUAACGAGCUGCCCUAGACCAGUAUUGUUCGUAGGAAUCUCUCGUUGGCCAAAAUUCUCUUCAACAAUUGAUAUGCACCGAAGUUUUAGGAACAAAUUAAUAAUUAUGAUGAAAAUUCUCAUUAUCGAUGUUCUUGAUGUGAUUGGCUUUAGUCUAGUGAAUAUUUAGGGGAACGUAACGUACUCAUCUGUAGUUCAAGUCAUGAAUUGGUAUGUCUUAUUCUUAUCAAAGCUAGAAAUUUACAAAUAAAAAAAAAACAAAAUCAAUCCAGUUGAAAAUCAGAAUACCUAUAUUAGUGUUGAAUAUAUUCAACUUUUAUUGUAAUCAGUACAUAAAAUGACUACAUUUUAAUAAAGAAAACUUCCUAACAUUA